AUGAGUGCCGAAUUUUAUUCGUACUAUUUGCGUGCUCAAAUUGGGCGCCGUCUUUUGCUAGCUGUAAUGAAUCCCAAUAAAUUUCGCAUAUGUCAGUUCCUUAUUAAGUAUCAUGAGCAGCGUAAUGACAAGAUCAUCGUCUUUUCUGACAAUGUAUUCGCGUUGAAGAAAUAUGCCAUAGAGAUGGACAAACCAUUCUUAUAUGGUGAAACAGGACAGAAUGAACGUAUGAAAAUCUUGCAAAAUUUCCAGUAUAAUCCGAAAGUGAACACAAUUUUCGUAUCAAAGGUUGCAGACACAUCUUUCGAUCUGCCUGAAGCAAAUGUUUUGAUCCAAAUUUCCGCACAAGGCGGUUCUAGAAGACAAGAAGCACAGCGAUUAGGACGCAUAUUGCGAGCCAAGAAAAAUUCAGGCGAUGGAUUCAAUGCAUUCUUCUAUUCAUUGGUUUCGCAGGAUACUGUUGAAAUGAGUUACUCACGCAAACGACAACGUUUCCUAGUGAAUCAGGGUUACGCUUAUAAGGUCGUAAACCGACUACCGGGAAUGGAAAAAGAAACCUUGAAAUUGGCCACAAAAGAAUCUCAACUCCAAUUACUGCAGCAGGUACUAGCCGCUUCGGAUGCAGAUGCUGAAGAGGAGGAUAUUAAAGAAGAAAAUGUAGAUGGUUCAAAAGAAAUGAAAGUAAAAGGCUCGUUUUCAUCAUUCUCUGGAAGCAACUCUAUUUCCUAUACGCAGAAGACAAGAACUGUCAAAGAUGAAGAUAGACAUCCAUUAUUCCGAAGGUUUCGAGCGUUUAAAUAA